CUGUGGCGAAGGAACAAACUGGUAACGGGCAGCGGACCGCCGUGUAUCAGCUCUCAGCGGGCUGGGCUCUGGGCUCUGGGCUGGGUCACUUGGUUCCGGACCCAGAUGCUGUCAGCGAUGAACAUAGUUCCUCUUCCUCUCCGAACACCUCCGUAGCAGCUGCCGGGACGCAGGCCGGCCGUCACUGGAGCUUUUCUUCACGGUUUCUCGGCUGAACAGGGAGAGCAGCCCGCUAGCCGCUAGCUUAGAAAUAAAACUCGUUUUUCAACAUUUCUUCUCUGAGAGCUUCAUCCAGCUGCUGCCCGUCUGUCUGAGUCCAGCUGGACGUCGUGGAAGAUGUUGACAGGAUCCAAAACCACGUUCAAAGUGAGACAGAUGCUCCCAGACAUCAAGGAGAGGAUGCUGAGUCAGACCGGGCUGAACGCGAGGAGUCGAGAUGUGUUUGGGCUGCGCUGUCUGCCAGGUGAGUGUGUGCUUCAGAGAGCCGUGAUGGUGAGGAAGAAGCUGACGGCCAGGGAAGGCAGAGGCUGGCUGUCCGGGACUCUCUUCUGUACCCACUUCAGAGUGGCCUUUGUGCCCCAGGACAGUCCCAAACCGGAUGACAACGCAGACCCGGUGCUCCUGGGAGACCAUGACGUGGCCUUGGCGUCUAUAGAGAAGGUCGUCGUCGUGGGGCCGAACAGGACCAAGCUGGUGACCCCCAGCUCCUCGCUCAAGUUCACCCCAGAGGAGCUGGUGCUUUACUGCAGGGACAUGCGGGUCAUCUGCUUUCUGUUUGACCGCCUCACCCCGGACGCACAGGUCAUCGAGAUAACCUACACCAUCGCCAAGACCGCCAAAUCUGGGUCCGUCUUAUCUUUCCAGAACGCUGCCCUGGGGAGUGUAGAAAUGAAGCAGUUUCUAAGCAACCGUCACCGAGACACCCACAUGAACUGGUUUGAGUCCGCCUCAGACUGGGAGCAGGAGCUGGAGCGGUGUGGAGCCAUGAGCUGGAGAGUCAGCUCCGUGAACGACCGCUUCGAGAUGUCCACCAGCCUGUCCAGGUUCAUCGUGGUUCCACAGAAGGUUCUAGACACAGAACUGAAGAAAAGCUUCGCCCACUUCAACGAAGGACGCAUCCCUCGCUGGUGCUGGCGACAUCCCAGAGGCAGCGAUCUGCUGCGCAUGGCCAGUUUCCAGAACAACAUCUACCACGAGAAGGACGACAUCAGGUGUGAACACGUUGGAUGCUUUCUCCUGGAUGCUGGUGCAUGUUUCAGACACCUUAGUGAGAUGACACAAACAUGGUCUGAUGCCUUUUCCUUGUUUCGGCUUGCAGAUAUCUCCACAUCUGUGUCGGUGCCUGAUGACAAAUGGUUAUCUACCCUGGAAAACACCCACUGGCUGGACUACACCAGGUCCUGUCUGAGGAAGGCUUCAGAGGUCGCCUGCCUGCUUCGGGGUGGUCACCUGACUGUGGCACUGCAAGAAGCAGAGGACCGGGACAUGAGCUGUGUGGUGUCCAGCCUGGUGCAGGUCAUGUGUGACCCCCACUGUCGGACCCAGCUGGGCUUCCAGGGCCUGGUGCAGAAGGAGUGGGUGAUGGCCGGCCACCGCUUCUGCAGCCGCAUCAACUACCGCCGCGACAACGACAAGGAGGAGGCUCCAGUCUUCCAGCUCUUCCUGGACUGUGUUUGGCAGCUGUGGUCCCAGUAUCCAUCCCGCUUCCAGCUGACGGAUGAAUUCUUGUUGGCGCUACACGACAGCAUCCAGCUGCCACUUUUCUCCACCUUCCUGGCAAACUCCCAGCGAGAGAGAUGCAAACGCUCGCAGAACCUCGGGCAGACCUACACCCCGGUCAACGGCUGGAGAGACGUGCUGCAUCCGGACUCCUCGGAUCCGUCGGACCCGCCGCUGCCCCCGGUGUGGGACUGGUCCCUGCAGUACAGCAAGCCCACACAAGACCGCUUCACCCAGCCCGUCGCCCCGACUCCCCCGCUGCAGCCGCUGCUCAAUGGCAACCUCAACACCAACCCAGACACUCACAGGCUGGCUGACACCAUCCCCGGCUCAGUGUUCCUGCUCUCCAGAGGCACGUUCUCCUGCCCCGCUAACCUGCUUCCCUGGCGCAGCGGCAGCUCAGGUGUUUACAAGAAGAGCCACCGGAGGGCGCUGUCCUCUGAGAAUGUGCCUGGCCUGGAGAGGCUGCUCAAAGCGUGGGCCCUGACUGACUUUCCCCAGGCCCUCACCUCCACUUCUGGACCUCAAGGACCACUGGACCCCUACGAGCCCCUGCUGCCCCUUCUGAUGGGGCCCUGCAUGGGCCUGUGGAGGGAGUGCUACCUGCGGGGGGCGCUCCAUGCACAGGCGUUCUCUCACCCCGUCUCCGCCAACCACCCCCACCCCGUGGAGCGGCUCGCCCAGGAGGUGCAGCAGCUCAAAGACAAGCUGGCACAAGUUUCCAGCAGCACGGAUCCGACCACACCCACCGCCACAGCCGAGCCCCGGCGAACCGACACCAACCUGAACCAGAACACCAACAACGGCACCUUCCUCUUCCCGUCGUCGAGGCCUCAGGGCUCGGGCGCGCCCAGAGCGGCUGCCCCUCCUACCUCUACCAACCACCAGACCUCCAGGGGCCCCCCGCCCGCCUCCGCCCCUCCAUCCAGGCCUGCCCACAAAGACACCGGCGGCAGCAACAAGCACACAUUCCUGUUUGGGCACUCGUCGGGGACGGAGGCUCGCCCCGAGCAGCGCUACUACCCAGCGCCCAACAGCGCCAAGCUGCCCAAGAGCAACGGGCCCUCGCUAGCUUCCUGAUCUGCCCCUCAUCUCCACUGUUUUCCACUCUACCCCAUGACCGGGUACGAAGUCACCCGCCUGCACCACAUGCAGACGUAUCCCUCACAGCUAUGAAGACCUGAGGAGACCCAGACCCAGUGUUGUGGUGUCACUACGAGGUGACCAGAACCAUGAGGACCUGGGCUGGACCACAGUGAACUCCAGUCAUAUGAAACGACCAGCGCAAGAGUUCUCAGCUCUGCUCCGCCUCGUCUGUACUGUAUUAGAAAGAAAUGUGACUCUAACUGUUUUGUAUAUUUGUUAACAAAAUCCUGGUAUUCCUCUAAUUCAAUAUAUCCUCACUGCUCUGAAGCAAAGAGACAAAAAGGGCUGCUUAGUAAUGGAAGCACAUCUGGAGCAGGCAGGAGGACCUGCCUCUGCUCAUCGCUGCUCAUGUCACAUCACCCUUUAAGAACAACCGACAGCUUGUAGUUUCUAUUUUUACUCUCUUAUCCACAGCGACGGGGCAGAUACAGAUAAAGGCUCUGAAUGCGUUUCAGUGGGUUUAACCUCUGAACCGAGUCUCCAGAAGCCUUUUGUUUUCCACAGCGAGCUCCGUAGAUGUUCAUUCUGAGCAUAAAAAAUUAGAUUCAGUGUUUGUUGAUCGACUUCAAACAGAAGCAAAAUGCUGUUCAGUAAAAUGAUGAUUUCCAGAAACCGGCGUUUCUGUGACCACUGACUUCAACGUGGAAUUUAGGGCAUGGGAGCUAUUUCGGUACUCGCUCUGCUCUCAUAUCUGUCCACGCACAUGCAUGCUGGGAGCAGUGAGAGGCUGCUCAGCUCUUUGUGUUCUGCUCGCCCCGAUGUGGCUGCUGUCGGUGGAACUCUGCAUGAGCCAGAUCGUUUCAGGGCUUCAGUAAUAUAAUCUUAUCUCAUCUUUCUUUCCAGUAUUUUUAUCGAUCACUUAUGAUGUCAUACAAGUGUGUAAAUCGUUUCUUACCAAAGUUAGUAUUAUUUGAAAAUGCUUCCAUCGUUUUUUUGUUUUUUACGGUGGAAUUGUAAAAAACAAAGAUGUUGUUCUGCCUUUGAGGAUACCUUGUGAAGGUACCAUGCUGGACGCAAAGGGAGCUCCUUUCCUCCUGGUUUUGUUCCUGCCUGCUGGUGCAUUAGUAUGCAGCCGGCAUUUAGGUCAAGCACUUGUCUGACUGUAUUUAAAGCACAGAGGAAGCAUUUGGGUCCUGCACCUUUAAAUCCCAACAGGUCGUCAUGAUGUGGGUGUCAAGUAGAUGCACUGGCGUCACUCCCACACACGGAUGAAUUUGCACCAUCGUGUCCACGAAAAAAAGGAUGUUUUUCUAAUGUUUUGUUUUUUUAGGCAGGAUAACAGUCGUCAGAUGUUUGCCUGAUGCCGACCGUCUCUCAUGUCAAAGGUACCUCACUUGAUAGCACUAUGAAUUAUUAAAUUGUUGUAAAUAUUCAUUACAUCAAUAUCAAGGCACACUGAUAUCAGCUACAGGCUCAGAGCUUUCCAGGUGUGAUGCCAAUGCAUCUGCUUGUCUUCCAUGGAAACCAGAAGAUAAAACCAGCAGGUCAUCGUCGUCCUGCUGCAUGGAUCCAACCUGCUCACACCUGCUGCUGUAUCUUUGUGUAAUUUAAUGUUUUUUUGGUACGAACAUCACCUAAAUUUGCCAGAUGUACAUACGUUUUGUACUCGCAUGUUUUGAUCCUGAUGAAUAAAAAGUGCUCUCAGUUCA